AUGUCGUAUUUGCGAUCGUUCUGUGUUGAAUUUAUCGAAUAUUCGUCAACAACGGCCUAUGCAUUAGAGAAAACACGGUUUGGAUGGCAAUUCGCAUUCAAACUUCGAAUCGACGUUGGUGUAGAGAUUGUAAGUCCCUUUUCUCUUACUCUGAUGGUUUGAUAAAUGUCAUCGCUGAUUUAUGUAGGCCCGGUUGUUAAGUAAUUUUAAGGGCAUCAUAUUUGCUAGUAUUUACAUUCCCCCCUCUUCCUGUGAAGGUGCACUAACCCGUUUUUUCGACUUUUUCUCACAUAAACUUGAUAUAUUAUCCUGCGACUAUCUUACUCUCUUAUGCGGCGAUUUUAAUCGCGUGAAUUUACGUAUCCUUACAGUUUUAGGCUUCGAUAAUCCUGUGUCUUUUAAUACUCGCGCAGAUGCCCCUCUUAACCAUAUUCUGACUAAUCACAGCAAGCUUUUUUGGGUAAAAAAUAGGGCUCCAUUGUCAGGUUCUGACCAUUCCACUUUAUUGUGUCUUCCAAAAAUCUAUUCCACUUCUAAACGUGCACUGCUUGCCAAGCCUGAGAGAAAGGUUAAGGUUCGCAACACGUCCGCCGAAAACAUUCUCUUGCUUCAGACUUGCAUUUUCCUUACUAUCCCCACUUUCCUUGAACAAUAUAAUGUUGAAUCCUGUUCUUCCAACCUGACAGCGUUUUAAAAUGAAAUUUUCGAUAUUUGCUGCUCUCUUGAUACUGUUAUGGUACGACCGGAUAGAAUUUCUUCCCCCUAUCUGAAAUCGUUAAGACGAAAAAAAGAACUCCUUUACAAGCUAGGCUUACGUGAUGGCCUUAAGGACGUUACCGUCUUAAUAAAAACAGAGAUUGACAGGCUAAAUAGCCUGUUUGUCCGCCAACGUUUUUCCUCUUCUUACUCCCCCCUUUCCCCCCUUCCUCAGCUGAGAUUUGGAAAAAUAUUAAGCGUCUCACUGGCCAUCGCAACACAGUGGCGCAUGUGGAUGCAGAUUUAGACUCCUUAAAUAAAAAUUUUAUAUUUAGUCACAAUGACUCCCAUCUUCCCUUAGAUGAAAUUCCCCUAUCACAGAGUACAUUCCAACCCGUGUCUUUGGCAACAGUAGAGAAACACCUUAAAAACGUCCGUGGAUCAACAGCUGCCAGACCGGAUGGUGUCUCGCCUUUUCUUCUUAAAUCUUGCAGUUCUCAGAUAGCCGUUAUUUUAACGCACCUAAUCAACAUGUCUUUCAUGGAGUCCAAGAUUCCCGACGCCUAGCGUAGAGUGAGAAUCACUCCCAUCCAUAAAAAGCCCGCUAGCUUUGGUCCUAAAUCUUUUCGUCCAAUUGCCUGCUCCUCUGCAAUACUAAAGCUUGUUGAAAGAGUUGCCCUAGAAAUCAUAAAGCCUUUUUCUUCCAUUUUUUCCGACUCUUUAUAGUUUGCAUAUAAAGCCAAACGGAGUACUUUAGAUGCUGUCGCUCUUGUGGUUAACUCUGCCCUAAAAGCAUUAGACAAGGGUUGCCGCGAGUAUGCGUGCGCUUUUCUUGAUUACUCCGCCGUCUUCAAUACCGUCCCGCGCCCUCUUCUCCUUACCAAAACCUCCGCAUGCGGCUCUCCAGGCUGGGUCGUCUCUUGGCUUAGAGAUAAUUUUACCUUCCGUACUCAAUUUGUCCAAUCUGACAAGCGGAAAUCUUUGAUCCUUCCCAAUGACUGCGGUGUUCUCCAAGGGUCCAUUCUAUCCUCUCACCUUUCCGCCCUCCACACUGACGAUCUAAGGUCCCCUAAUGACUUUCUUCUGGUCCAGUAUGCUGAUGAUGUGGUUGUUGGGCACCCUCUCAAAAGUCAGACACACCUCCGGUCUCUAAAGGAUGGCCUAAACCAUGUCCUGGCGUGGUCGGAGGAAAAUGGUCUCCUAAUUAACAACCAAAAAUCCGUUCAGUGUAUUUUUCGACUGCGGCCCUCCCCUAAUCCUGAUUCCUCUGACAUUCUUCCUAACGAAGUAUCCUCUUUCAGGUACCUCGGCUUUACUUUGUCCUCAAAUCUUUCAUUUUCCCUCCAUAUUGAGUCCCUUUUUAUUACAGUUCGUAAACUUCUUUACUACAUACGUCGUUUACAUUCCUACCACACACCUCAACCCUUAGUCUGGCGAUUCAUUGAUGCCUGCAUUCUGCCUCUUAUCCUAUACUGCUUCCCUGUCAUUUUUCCUGCUUUGCUAAAAAAGGAUCUUUUAAUUUUGAAACGAGUCCUUCGAAUGCUCUCUACUGCAGUAGGUGUUUCUUAUCUUUCUUAGUUGACACUAUCCUACAACGACAUUUCAAUACGGUCAAGCAAUUUGCUGGUCGGAUUAUAGAUGACGUUACCCAUCCCUUGCAUUUUGAUCUUAUUUCUGCGAAGUCUUCCCGCCCGAUGCGCCGCAGCUUCCGACUUAUAUCCUGUCGCACAUCGGCUUAUCGAGCUUCUGUAUUGCCAUUCCUAGCGCGCUAUCUUACGUGCGCAGAGACAGAAAUACAGAAGAUAAGACUUGAACUAUCCCCAUAAUAAUCGUUUCUUUGACUCUUGAAUAAUCUCUUACUUAUUUCCUGCCCACAGUGAAUAGAGCCAAUUUCUUUGCCGAAAAUUGUGAACUUACGAUUUCUAAAUAAAGCAAAUUCCCCUCUCCCUCUCUCGCUCAUGGAAUGGUCAUUUACAGCUUUAAACAUAUGACGCACUUCUUUUCUAGUAUUUUAAAUUCUGUGCGUAUGUUUUUCAGAAAUAGAACGAGAAAAACAAUUUUAAUUUCAUUAAAGUAUCAGUACUUGUAUGGGCUAGCUGCUGUACAUUCACAAUCGAAGAACGGAGCCUAAAAGCAAGCAAAAGCAGUGAAAAUGGCCUCAAUGUAUACAGAAUGGCAUGUUUUUGCAAUUACCUUGGAAAAAUACUAGUGUUGCUUUGGAACGUGAAAGAAGCCGUUAAAGAUGUCAAAUUUUUACUUGGCCUCGUUUUGCAAAAACGCAACGUACACAGAAAUCCGUCGACUAAGUGCAGUAAUAAAGCCCUUCCUAAAGAGGUAACUUAUUCAGGAAAGUUGUCUCAUUUAUCCAAGGCAUAUUUGUUGGUGACUUUCCUUGUGGACAGUUAUUUUUCUCAAAAAUGAAGUCUGAUGUUUGAAUGAGUCUUCAAAUGCGACACAAGCAACCAUCUUCAUAAAAAUGAGCGCCUAAACACUCAGUUAUUCUGUAAAUGCCUUCAAAAACAAUCUUAUUUUAAAGUUCUCAAAAGACAGCUAAUUCGGAAUCUGCCUUUUUGGGCUUUCGGAUGAAAACACUGAAACUCAUGAAGUAUUCAGCAAUAUUUCGAGGCCGAUCCUAAACUCAACGUAGUCCAAAACGAACGAAGAGUAUUAAUUAAUUUAAUGGGAGAAAGUUUCUCUCUAUAAACACAAAAUGGUUUGUUUACGAUCACGCCUGUCAGUUGUAUUUAAAUUUAUUAGACAACGACCCGCUUCAUGGCAUGUCACCUUAUGAAAACUUUUGAUACUACGACGUCCUUGUUGGCGAAAUCAAGCAAAGUCCAGCUUCUCUUUUUGAACCCCAUCUCAUUUAACGCCAAAUCGGUAAUGAAAUUAUGAAGCACUGGAAACCAGUUUUGGAAUCUACACCGAGAAUGUAGUCAGUUGACAAACCGUCAUAUAUGAAAUCACACUACCUAGUUAACGAUAUUUAGAUGUAAACUUAACUGAAACGCUGCCCGUAGACGUGAUUUUGUCUACUUUCAUAUUUACUACGUGUAUGGUAUGAGAAUACAUUUUUAAUUUAUUUUCUUAAUUGGAGCCAUUUCUGACGUUUUCGGAAUAUUGUGCUUUUCAAAAUAGAUCGACAUUUCUAAACAACGCAACUCUGCCUAUAAUAUUUCUUUUAUUUUUUAAUUCUUUUAAACUUGAACUUAAUAACAUAGACAUUUAACUCAUAAAAUGGUGUCGUUUUGCGAGUGAUUGGCAAUCAUUCGUAAAUUUCGACACAUUUCAUGAGUUAGGUCACGCACUUUAUAUUGCAAGUGACAACUAACAUGCACUGUUUGCAUGAAUAAAAGCGUCUAUUUAAAGACUACGACGUCUCGUACUAUGCACAAUGUCUUAUGCGUUGGCAGCCGUAACGUGUUCGUAUCUUUUUGGCAACAAAUUAAAUCUGCGACAAAAAGCUAAUGAGCGUAAAGAGGUCAGUUGGUCCGUUCAUAUUUGACCUCCUCACAAGAAUCGAGGCUCUUUCCAACGCAAUAAUUUUGUACUGAGCGAAAAAAUGAAAUCCUGUAGCUAACUGUCUACGGCCUUCUAAACUGCCACUUGGUCUUUUUUACUCGUUAUAUAAAAUAAACAUUAACGUUCUUAUGUUAUUAAAUAAAGUCAUUGUCUUUUCUUUAGUAUUUUCGCAUUUUUGGUUACAGUACUUUACUCAAAUUAUUUAGCAACCGUUAAGAUCGAUCAGUCAGACCUCCUGACAGAACUUUAGUCCCACGAAGUUUAUGAAUUAUUAAAAAGGCUCUCACCAUGACUGAAGAGUUUUUGGAGCAGAGAUAAAAAUUUAUUUAGUGUAAGCCAGAUUUUGGUGCUAACAAAUGAAAGUAAGGAAGGAUUUCAUUGUAUCAGUUUAUAUGAGGACAGAUUUUCUCCCGUUUGAUUUACUUUUGUCAUUUAUUGGUCCGUUUUGAGUAUUAUUUUCACUCUGAAUGCAAGCGUUAUAGUAAUAUCGUUGUUGCGUUUGCCAGGAAAAUUUGGGAGAUAAGCGCACGUUAAAUCGUUUCUUUGCAGCACUAUAAUGCUAAUGAAGAUAAAAAUCAGUAAUUUAUUCAUGGUUUAAUACCUGAUUCGAUUACAUUAUCAAUAUCGCAGUUCGUGCAUUUCAUGCACAAAAGUGUUUCUGCCACGUAUUGGGCUUGGCCGCUAUCCGAACUGUAGCUAUAUUUGAACAAGGCGAAGACGACAAAGCAUGCAGAAUUUAAUGACGUCAUAAAUUUCGAGACCUCUCAUUCAGCUGCACACGGUCAUUGCAUAGUUAUAUUACAAGGCAAAAACUGUUCAAUCAACGAUCGACCUAGAGAACUAAAACGUGAUAGGUAACCUGAAACAUGGGUCUAGUAUGCGGGUGCAUAUGGUGAGGGGGGGGAGAGAAGUCAUCCAAGUAUGAGAGAACUGGUGCGGCGUGAUUUGGAGUGCAACGUGCGGGGAGCAUUCAGUCAUGCCGGGGAGAGGGGGGGGCGGGUGAGGGGCAAAAUGAGAGGGCGGACAUGGGAACAGGGUCUCGUCCAUAAUCGAUAAUUACCAUGGCAGUGCCAGGUUUAUCACAUGGUCAAGCUGCUUACAGAGUUCUGGUUUCCUCCUCCGUAUUGCAGCGGCCUCUGCAAAGCGCAAGAGACGCCCGGUCGUCGCCCGAAACAGGACCUUGAAUGCAACCAUUUGGUCCACCGUAUGGCCCGUGUCCAAUAG